CAUGCCCCAAACCCUGAGGAACAUAGGGUUGGAGCUGCCAUUUAAAGGACAGCGCGUAUUGACAACUUUUCCUAAUUGUGCGCACAACGCAUUUCAAAGCAAUGUUGUUAGCCCAGUCUCGUAUUACUCGCAUUCCAUUCUCCUUUUCACCUUUAAUUGUAGGCUCCUCUCAGGACUCGGGAGUGGCUUUGGUUGACCUCAGGGUGCGCCUGACACGCAGAGGCUGCGCAAUGAUCGAGGCUAGAUAGUGCAUAGGUAGGAUCUGGGACAAUGGGUGUGUAGCGACGCAUGAGACAAAACAACCAAAGAAGGACCUCCCCUAGACUAGUUUUAUUUUGUUUUGUUUUUUUAAUAGAAUAGGAUGUCUAAGCGAGUCAGGCCCGGCUAUUACCGCCAGGAAGUCAACAAAACCUCAUGGGAAGUACCGGAGCGGUACCGGGAGCUGAAGCAGGUGGGGACCGGGGCGUACGGGACGGUGUGCUCAGCAGUGGACUCCAGAACAGGAACCAAAGUGGCAAUCAAGAAGCUGUACAGACCUUUCCAGUCAGAGCUCUUCGCCAAGCGGGCCUACAGGGAGCUGAGGCUUCUCAAACACAUGAAACAUGAAAAUGUGAUUGGCCUAUACGAUGUGUUUACUGCUGACCUCUCUCUGGACAGAUUCCAUGACUUUUAUCUGGUGAUGCCGUUCAUGGGAACAGAUCUGGGGAAGCUGAUGAAGAUGCAGAGGCUGUCAGAGGAGAAAAUUCAGUAUUUGGUUUAUCAGAUGCUCAAAGGGCUUAAGUAUAUUCAUUCUGCUGGUAUCAUCCACAGGGAUCUCAAACCAGGAAAUCUCGCCAUCAACCAAGACUGUGAGCUCAAGAUCCUGGACUUUGGUUUGGCGCGGCAGGCAGACAGCGAGAUGACGGGGUAUGUGGUGACUCGCUGGUACAGAGCCCCUGAGGUGAUCCUGAGCUGGAUGCACUACACUCAGACGGUGGACAUUUGGUCUGUGGGCUGCAUCAUGGCAGAGAUGCUGCAAGGAAAACCUCUUUUUAAAGGCAGAGACCACCUCGAUCAGCUGACUGAGAUCAUGAAGCUCACGGGAACACCAACUCAGGAAUUUGUAUCAAAACUACAAUCUGAGGAUGCCAAAGGCUACAUCAAAAGCCUUCCAAAAGUGGAAAAGAAAGACCUUCAGAAGGUGUUUUCCACAACUAAUCCACAAGCCGUGUCUGUGCUGGAGCGCAUGCUAUUGCUGGAUCCAGAGAGCAGAGUAACCGCUGCAGAUGCUCUCAUGCUGCCUUACUUCACUGAGUUCAGAGAGCCAGAGGAGGAGACGGAAGCACAGCCGUACGACCACUCGCUAGACAACACAGACCAGACCCUGGACCAGUGGAAACGUCACACCUUCACAGAGAUCUUGACCUUUAAACCAGUCGUGCCGGAGUCCAAAGAGACCGCACUGUAGGGAGACAAGGAGUCGGCUAUGCAGCGUGGGACCGGAACAAACUUACAUGUCUCUUUUUAAUCUUGGUCUCAACUGGAAGAACUCUUUGAUCACAAGGCUUAAUGAAUGCCUGUGAAUCCAGUUCCCAAUUCUCUUAGACGUGCAAGCUGCCACGUUUUGGAUUUCUAGUAGCUUGCUUCCUGACGUUAGUAUCAGACCUUUUCAGCAUGUCCUACAGUGCUGAGCAUGCUCGCUCAGCUGCUGUAAGUCAGGUAAUAAUAUUCUUUGAUACGUAACUAAGUUAUCAAGGAAUCAUGGGUUGCUUUUCUUGAGUUAUUAGUCCAGUUUCAGUUUCACUUCAGUGGUACACAUAAGUUGUAGGAUUUUUUGUCUUUUUUUUUUUAAAGUUCAAAUCAAGACAUUUCACAUUUUACUUAUAGAGAAAAGAAAUAUUGUAGUCAAACUAAAUCUGAAAUUCUUGACUGAUCCGGGUGAAAUUUGUUGUCUAAAAGGGAUGCUUCGCUUGAGUCAUUUGUAUCAGUAAAAACAUAAUUUAAAGGCGAUAGAUCCAGGAAAAUGCUGCAAUGAAACGAAAUGUAAAAUAAUGAGAAUGACUUCAAUUGAUGUACUGUGUGUUGUUUUGUGAAGUAGCUUCCCCUUCCGUGACUACGUGUCCUUAAAAGACAUUUGAUUGGAAUUGUUGGGACGUGCGCGUGUUCGAAUGUGCGUCUGUGUGUAGUCUAAACGUCUGCUCUGACCUCAUAAUUCCUCCCAGUGGCCUUAAGAUCACGACACAACAAAAACACUGCUGAGCUGCCAAUCAUACAAAAUCCAUCCCAGCAGGUCGUGCACAAACAUUCACGUUUGAAUUUCAUACCAAAAACAAACUUACAUCCCAUUAGCUUGUUUUUUUGGAAACAAAGAAAAGAACAAAACACAUUGUCUAUGCUGAUUUGUGAAUUGAUGUUUCUAACACUACUUGUGCUUUUUUAUCAUUAAAGAUUGUCUUUGAAAA